AUGGGUAAAGAAAAAACUCACGUUAACGUUGUCGUCAUUGGUCACGUCGAUUCUGGAAAGUCCACAACAACCGGACAUCUUAUCUACAAGUGCGGGGGUAUUGACAAACGUACAAUAGAGAAGUUCGAGAAAGAAGCUGCAGAACUUGGAAAAGGAUCAUUUAAAUAUGCCUGGGUUUUGGAUAAACUAAAAGCAGAACGUGAGCGUGGUAUCACCAUCGAUAUCGCUCUCUGGAAGUUCGAAACUCCAAAAUAUUAUGUCACUGUCAUUGAUGCUCCGGGACAUCGUGAUUUUAUCAAAAACAUGAUUACUGGUACUUCUCAGGCCGAUUGUGCUAUUUUAAUUAUUGCUGCCGGUACUGGUGAAUUUGAAGCUGGUAUUUCCAAAGACGGUCAAACUCGUGAACAUGCUCUUUUGGCUUAUACUCUUGGUGUAAAACAACUUAUUGUUGCUGUUAACAAGAUGGAUACAACUCAGUGGUCAGAAGAACGUUUCAACGAAAUCGUUAAAGAAGUUUCCGGCUUUAUCAAACGUGUUGGUUACAAUCCAAAAACUGUUGCUUUCGUCCCAAUAUCCGGCUGGCACGGCGAUAACAUGUUGGAAGAAUCCUCAAAUAUGACCUGGUUUAAAGGAUGGGAAAAGGAAAUCAAAGGGGGUAAAACUAAAGGAAAGACACUCUUGGAAGCUAUCGAUUCUAUUGAACCUCCAAGUCGACCUACCGAUAAACCUCUUCGUCUUCCACUUCAAGACGUUUACAAAAUUGGUGGUAUCGGUACCGUUCCAGUAGGUCGUGUCGAAACUGGUGUUAUCAAGGCCGGUAUGGUUGUAACAUUCGCACCCGUCGGUCUCACCACUGAAGUAAAAUCAGUUGAAAUGCAUCACGAACAAUUAGUUGAAGGAUUACCUGGUGACAACGUUGGUUUUAAUGUCAAGAACGUGUCAGUCAAAGAAAUUCGUCGAGGGUAUGUCUGCUCCGAUUCUAAGAACGACCCUGCUAAGGAAGCUGCUUCCUUCCAAGCUCAGGUCAUCGUUCUUAAUCAUCCUGGUCAGAUCGGUGCCGGUUAUGCCCCUGUAUUGGAUUGCCAUACCGCUCAUAUUGCCUGUAAAUUCGCCGAAUUGCAAGAAAAAAUUGAUCGUCGUUCCGGCAAAAAGCUCGAAGACAACCCCAAAUUCGUCAAAUCCGGCGAUGCAGCUAUUGUUAAAAUGAUUCCCUCCAAACCCAUGUGUGUUGAAGCUUUCUCUGAAUAUCCUCCUUUAGGUCGUUUUGCCGUAAGAGAUAUGAGACAAACUGUCGCUGUCGGUGUUAUCAAGGGUGUUGAAAAGGUUGACAAGUCGGGAUAUUUUGCUUUUAUGGACCCAAUUGCUAGAAAAGCUGUCAACUUGAAUGUUUUGCGUCGUCAUGACCAAAAUAUUGUUGAAAUAGUUGAUAGUUCAAGUCAUGUGGUAGUAUAUAAAUUUGACCAUGAGCAAGGUGCCUGGACGAAAAAAGGUGUAGAAGGCACGUUGUUUGUGUUCAAAAGAUGCGAACAACCUGUGUAUGGAUUUAUAGUGAUGAAUCGGCUGGGUAUCGAUAACUUCAUGGCACCACUAACAGACAGCAUGGAGCUAGAAUUCAAAGACGAAUAUAUUAUUUAUCAUACAGACGAUGUAUUGCUUUGGAUGGUAGAUAAUAUCCAUGGCAUUUGGGUAUUUGAAACAAAAGAUCGGGAACGAAUAGGAAAAAGAUUGUGGGAAUGUCGCGAAUUAUCAAAAACUGUUGUCACCCCGCCACAAUUACCCUUACAAUCAUCCUCUCACUACUCCUCAAAUCUUCCGACCCUUCCCCAACGAACAUCUUAUGGAAGGCAAAUCGAUCUUGAUGACCUUCUCCAACAACAAGAAAUAAAACAAACUACUACUUCGAUUGACAGUAGAAGUUCAACACCGGCUCAUCAUGAAAUCCAAUCGCAUGAUAACGCGAGGAAAGAUAUAUUGGGGGAAUUAUUUCAAAAAGCAAGCAUUGUUGAACUCACGAGACCUAUUCCACCUCUCGCGAACCCGGCAUCCAUUACGACUGAUAACAAUAAUAAACCUUUAGAUGGAAAAUUACUUUUAGAUAUGAUUCGUCCACCUCAUAGCAAACCUAGUACCACUUCAAAC